CGCGGCUGUGGGGCAGGCAGGAGGGAGCUGAUUGGUGGGGCCGUGGCUGUGGGGCAGGCAGGAGGGAGCUGAUUGGUGGGGCCGUGGCUGUGGGCAGGCGGGAGGGUGAUGGUUGUUGUGGCGCCCCGGGCAGGGCAGGUGCCUGGUGCCCCUUGGGCAGCCACAUGUGUGUAACCCCCAAUGCCAGGUUGGUGACGGCAGCCGCACGGUGACAGUGACAGUGACAGUGACAGCAGUGAUGGGCGCGGGGACGCAGCCGGCGGAGGCACAGUGUGACUCGCUGGAGGGGAGGGUCUACCUGGACUACAACGCCACCACCCCCCUGGCCCCCGAGGUGGCCCAGGCCGUGUGGGACGCCAUGUGCCAGGCCUGGGGCAACCCCAGCAGCUCCCACCCCGCAGGCAGCAAGGCGAAGGAGCUCAUCGGCAGCGCGCGGGAGAGCCUGGCAAAGAUGCUCGGAGGCCGCCCCGAGGACAUCGUCUUCACCUCAGGGGGCACGGAGGCGAACAACAUGGUGAUCCACACUGCCUGCAGGCACUUCCACGACAGCCAGCGUGGGACGGGGGGCAGCCGGGGCAUACCACACAUCGUGACAUCGAGCGUGGAGCACGACUCCAUCCGCCUGCCGCUGGAGCAGCUGGGCAGGGAGGGCCUGGCAGAAACCACCUUUGUGCCCGUGUCCCCACGGAGCGGGCAGGCAGAGGUGGACGAUGUCAUGGCCGCCAUCCAGCCAAACACGUGCCUGGUGUCCCUCAUGCUGGCCAAUAACGAGACCGGCGUCAUCAUGCCUGUCGCCGAGCUGAGCCAGCGCGUCCGUGCCCUGAACCGGCGCCGGGCGGCCGAGGCGCUGCCCAGGGUGCUGCUGCACACGGAUGCAGCGCAGAUGAUUGGCAAGGGCCGCGUGGACGUGCAGGAGCUGGGCGUGGACUACCUGACCGUCGUGGGACACAAGUUCCAUGGCCCACGGAUUGGAGCGCUGUACAUCCGCAGCCCUGGCACUGCCACCCCGCUGCACCCCAUGCUCUUUGGAGGGGGACAGGAGAGGAGUUUCCGGCCAGGCACUGAGAACACCCCGAUGAUUGCCGGCCUUGGCCAGGCUGCAGAGUUAGUGAACAAGAACUGGGAGGCCUAUGAGGCUCACAUGCGGGAUGUCCGGGAUUACCUGGAGGCCUCGCUGGAGGCCUCCUUUGGGAAGCAGAGGAUUCACUUCAACAGUCGCUUUAAGGGCUCCAAGCGACUCUGCAACACCUGUAAUUUCUCCAUCCUGGGCCCAGGCCUUCAAGGACGAAGGGUGCUGGCUCACUGCAAGGUGCUCCUGGCCAGCGUUGGGGCUGCCUGCCACUCUGAGAAGGGGGAUCGGCCCUCCCCAGUGCUGCUGAGCUGCGGGGUUGCCCCGGAGGUGGCGCAGAACGCGCUGCGGCUGAGCGUGGGGCGUGGCACCACACGGGCAGAUGUGGACAGGGCUGUGCAGGACCUCGUGCAGGCUGUGGAGCAGCUGCAGCAGGACCAGGCCCCUUAGAGCCCUGAACUGCUCCACGGACACCAGCCAGGUUCUUGGGGGGACAGAGCUCCUGUUGCCAGCUCCACCUGCUCCUCAAGGAAAGUUGCUGGGGCAGCUGUGACUGUGCCAGCACCUGAGGGACCCCUGCCUGGCCCAGGGGGUCUCUGGCAUCACCAGCACUGGAGGACACAAGUGUCACACGGAUCAGCAGCAUUGCCAUCUGGGCUGGCUGAUGUCAGGGAACUUGGUCUCCCUAAGUAUUCAUAGGAAUAAAAGUAAUUGCUGCUUCUUUUCACAAGUAAAA